AUGGCCGAUGAAACUUCUGCAGAAUUGUCAUCUAGAAGCACCGUGGUUGAACGAAUUAAAGAUGAUAAUGGUUUUAUAUUCUAUAAAUGUCGGUUUUGUGGAUUAACCUACAAUUAUUUAACAACUCUCAGAGCGCACGAACGUGUUCAUAACGUUGAAAUGCCUUAUAAAUGUAACAGAUGCUCAGAAGCCUUUCAUUUUAUGUGUGAACUGGAGUACCACGCUAAACAACACUCAAAUCUAAAAGGCUACAAAUGUGAAUGCGGUCGUAUAUUCCAUACAUAUACUGAUUUGUUAUAUCAUCGCCAUCCAGAUGAUAAUGAAACUGUGUUGGUGGAAGUGGAACAAAAUAUUACGAAAUUAAAGUGUAAGACGAUACCUGAGACCGAAUUUCCCAUUCCUGAAUUUAUUGAGAAAGGCUUCGAGCCAAAACACCCAUUAAAGGUGUAUUCAGAUGUUCGCUCAAAACCAUACAUUUGUCAGUAUUGCUCAAAAAGUUACAGUGAUUCCCGCUCACUGGCGUAUCAUAUGUACGGUCAUCGCGGAGAACGAAUGUUUAAUCCAAGAGCGUCACGAUAUUUGAUGGCUCGUUCAGAUACUUCAUAUAUAAGUCCUGGCGUUUGA